AUGAGCGCAAGCGUCGCCGUGGUCAUUACAACUGAUCUACCUUAUCAGGAUCGUCAUGUGAUGUUUUUUUACAUCAUACCCAGGUCUUGGGAACAGGAUGAGUACCAAAAGUUAUUUGAUUUGGUGAACCUUGAUUUGCGUAUGAAAGCUCAUCAAAGCAAAAAUCCUGAUAAUCGGAAGCUAAGGGAUAACAUUUCCUGGGAGACCAUCAGUGAUAAAUUAACCACCCGUAAUCACAAGAAUUGCUGCCUCAAAUGGUACGAUACAUUAGCAUCUCCGAUGGUUAGGAAAGGAAUUUGGGCAGAUGUUGAUGAUUAUCUACUGGUGGAAGCGUCUGGGGAGGUCUGUCGUCAAAGAUGGAACCAGAUGGUCCGUGGCCUUGGCGGCCACAGGGAGAAGCCUUUCAUCGAGCAGCUCGACGUGCUCUCCAGGUGCUACUGCCCAGAAAUGAUCGAGUACAGGAAACCGGAGGAGUGAUGGUCUGUCGAAACUGUAUGUCUUGACACAACACCGAGUGUCACACUAAUUCUUGCCAAUUUAAGUUAUCGCAUCUGUUAUUAAGUGCCCUCUGUUAUUAAGUUCUCGCCUCUCCCUGUAAAAACAACUUAAAAUUUUGAAUAUUAUGGAAUGAAAAAAUCAAGUGGAAAUAGUACAAAGAAA